AUGGCUUUAAGGGUGGACAUAAUAGUUUUCUUCCUUUGCUUUAUCUGUGUUAGCAACAAUUUAACUGAAGCGGACUGGGGAUUAUCUACAAAGGAAGAGUUGGAAUUCAAGAAGCAAUUUCUAAAUCUUGAGAAGUUUGCAAUUAAAAGCAUUCAAAUAGGAGAUGGAGACAUAUAUGAUUGUAUUGAUUUCUACAAACAACCUGGCUUUAAUCAUCCAUUUUGGAAGAAUACUACAUAUGAGGUUGAAAUGAAACGUAAGUUGUUUGUAGAAGGAAGGGGAACCAAUGCGAAUUCACCAUUAAAUACUAGGUUUAAAGGCGUAGGUUGUCCUUAUGGAACAGUUCCGAUUAGAAGAGUCAAUAAAGAUGACUUGGGAAGAGCCAAAAUGCAUCCGACGAAUAUUGAUGAAGAACCUGGACAUCAUUAUGCAAUACUUCGAACAAAAGAUGAUCCCAAUAGAAAGCUUGAUGGAAUUGAAUCUUACUUUCGCUUAUUUAACCCAAGAGGAAUCAUUGGAUCCCAGUAUAGUGCAUUCCGGAUGACAUUAUCAAACGGUCUUGACAGCAUAAAAACAGGUUUCACGGGAAUAUGUGACGGACCAAAUUCAACAAAAUGCCUAUGGACAUUGUACUUUGAUGAUGAGAAUUUUGUAGUUGGUUUUUGGCCCCCAACAUUAUUUAGCAAAUUAAGUGAGUUCGCAAAUCAAGCUGAUUGGGGAGGAGAAGUUUAUAGUCCAUUGGACCAACCUAGUCCUCCAAUGGGCACUGGCAAACUUCCGCGUCAACAGGAUUGGGACACAAUAGAUUUAGCUCAUAGUCGGCGUAUUGCAUGUGCAUAUGAGAAUGCGAAAUUUCUUUUUUCAAAUCCAAUUGAUACAGAGUUGUAUAAAUCUGAUCAAAAUGCAUACAAUAUUAUAGAUGUUGGAUAUGAUGGUGAAUAUUGGGGACGUACGAUUUUAUAUGAUGGUCCUGGUGGAAUCAAAGGAGCUUGA